AUGGCGGACAUGGCAGCGGCUGAGGCUGAGAUAGCGGGGCUAUCGAGCAGAUGGGCAGAUAUCGUGUUGGAAGACGAGGACGCCGGUGUUGAGGCGCCGGCGGUCGACAAUGGUGCAGCAGCGGUCGCAGACUCUUGGGUGGUGGUCGGCCGGUUUCUGACUCAACGAUUGAUCAAGGUUGAGUAUAUGCGACAGGUUAUGGCCUCGGCAUGGAAACCGGUAAGUGGUGUGCAUAUCACGGAGCUCCAACCGAAUCUUUUUCAAUUUGUAUUCCAUCACAUAACGGAUGUCCGAAGGGUUAUGGAUGAGGGACCGUGGUCCUUUGAGAAUUGUACGCUGCUGUGUAAGGAGGUGAAGGAUGGUCAGUUGCCGGAGGAUAUGGUGCUUGAUAAUGUGGAUUUAUGGGUGCAGGUGUACAACCUGCCGGUUGGUUAUAAUACGGUACCGGUACUUGAACAGACAGUGAAUUUUCUGGGGAAAUUCUUAAAGAUCGAUGAAAGACAGAUGAAGGGGCCGCUCAAAGCUUUCUACCGAGUUAGGGUUUGUAUGCCUGUGGAUAAGCCCCUGAAAAGGAGGAUGAAAUUGAUUCGCCGGGACAAGUCUUGGGGGUGGGUGAAUUUCAAAUACGAGAGACUACAUACUUUUUGCUUUUUCUGUGGACUUUUGGGGCACUCGGAAAAGUUCUGCUUGAAAGCUAGAAACUCGACUUUGACUGCUAAACAAUAUCCUUAUGGUGUGUGGAUGCGAGCUGGUCAGACAAGAGGACCACGGCUAGUCGGUGAAUCAUGGCUACUAACCGACGAUGAUCCACCGAUCCGCCUGGAACCCGUGAGGGAGGCGCCGGAAAACCCGGUAGUAACGGAACAAGGCCGAACGGAGGAGGAGGAGGAGGGGGUAACGGCGUUGGCUAAGCGUUGCAGGCAGGAUAGUAGACAACUGACAGAUACGGAUAUUAAAAUGGCAGAUAGCUCAAAAAACUUGCAUCAGGCGGGCUCUGGUUCCCAGACCCGCCCACAACAAUGA